UGGUUGAUCCUUCGGACCUUCGCCUCAACUCACUGCCAGCUGCAAGAGCGCAUUUUGCAGCUGGACCGACCGACGAGAUUACUUGAUGGACUUGGACUUAUUUCUCUGAAAUAUGAAAUCCUAGUGCUCUCCACAUGUCGUCAUGACGGUGAACAAUGCCCUCUCACCCUCAGGGGGCCAUCUUACCGAUUCCGGGCUCAAAUGAGCCGACUUGCCCCAGGUUGGAGUGGCACGACGAUCGCAAGCACAACAAGGCGAGACGAGAUCUGAAGGAAGGAGUGGAUCCCCUGAUCUGGGACAUUGACAUGAGAAGAAUCCGAUAGAUGAAUCGAUCAAACCCAAACGCAUCUGGAAGAAGCGGAUGUUUUCGCCCAUCAGCGUCCAAGUCGUCCAAUUCGUUUGGAGUCCUAGGAAGCACAGGGGCCGUCGAAACUGUUUCAUAAACGAGCGAUCUGUUACCAUUGGCCCGGAUCAGAUCAAGUAUCCGCUUGCUAUAGGGCUAAUUGCUGGUCAAGACGGUCUUAUUGCAA